AAAACAACGGAAAAAACAACCAACCAACCUCACUCAGUGAGUUAGUUUGAAGAUUCUCUCUCCUCUGUUACAACAAUGGCGACUACAGAAAUCGCAGCUCUAGGGUUUGGGUUUCGAUUAACCCAAUUUCCACCAUUUUCUUCUUCCUUAUCAAAUCGAAACCCUAACAAUGCAAUCGCUUUCAAUUCCAUUCGUAAAAUCCCCAAUUUUCGCAUUUGUUCAUCAUCUCUGACAAAUGAAACUGAAGAACAAGGGCUUUUUAGUAAUUUUACUCAGGAUGAGAUUCGGCUUGUUGAUGCUCUUAUUGGUAUCCAAGGACGAGGUCGCGCUGCUUCUCCUCAGCAGCUCAAAGAAGUGGAACGAGCGGUUCAAAUUCUGGAAGAUAUUAAAGGUGUUCCUGAUCCGACAAGCUCUAGUUUGAUAGAAGGUAAGUGGCGAUUGAUGUUCACUACAAGGCCAGGAACUGCCUCUCCAAUUCAGAGAACAUUUGUAGGAGUUGAUUUCUUCAGUGUAUUCCAAGAGGUAUAUCUACAAACAAAUGAUCCACGAGUGUCAAAUAUUGUGAAAUUCUCGGAUGCUGUUGGCGAGCUAAAAGUAGAGGCUGUGGCAUCUGUUAGGGAUGGAAAACGAAUUCUUUUCCAGUUUGACAGGGCAGCCUUUUCCUUGAAAUUCCUACCAUUUAAGGUACCUUAUCCAGUGCCAUUCAGACUUCUGGGAGAUGAAGCAAAGGGUUGGCUGGACACGACAUAUUUGUCAGAUUCUGGAAAUAUACGUAUUUCAAGGGGGAAUAAGGGCACCACUUUUGUGCUCCAGAAGGAAACUGAACCUAGGCAAGAGUUGCUUUCCGCGAUUUCUACUGGAAUUGGAGUGACAGAGGCAAUUGAUAAACUAAUUUCCACAGCUCAAGAUAAGGAUGGUGAACCUCAGCUUCUUGAAGGGGAAUGGAAGAUGAUCUGGAGCUCUCAGGUGGAGACAGACAGCUGGUUGGAGAAUGCAGCUAACGGUCUCAUGGGUUCACAGAUAAUCAAGAAAGAUGGACAAAUGAAGUUUUUGGUUGACAUAGUACUUGGCUUCAGAUUCUCCAUGACUGGCACAUUUCAGAAAACCGAGAGUAAGAUAUAUGAUGUCAAAAUGGAUGACCCAGCAAUCAUAUUUGGUUCAUUUGGACUUCCGGUUAAUAUGGAAACCAGAUUCAACCUGGAGCUUCUGUAUGCAGAUGACAGGAUCAGAAUCACACGAGGAUACAAUAAGAUUAUGUUUGUUCACGUUCGUGUGUAGACGUGUCACAGGUUCUAAUAAGCCACAAUUUUCAGAUAUGCUCUAAUUGUAAAUUCACUAGACUUCCUUCUUGUCUAUAAUCCCUAAGAACAGUAGAUAAAAUUUAUGUUAAUUUGAUUUGCUAUGUAGCCAUAAGUAGCUGUUUUGACAAUAUGACUAUACAACUCGUUCUAUUUGGAAACUGUUCUCUGUAUAAUUAAAGAUAUGACAUAAUUUUAUAUAUGGACAAUCUAUAAUUGUCAACUCCGUAUAA